AUGUCAUUAUCACUACCACCUCCAUCAUCAGAGAGUUUUGUGAAAACUAUUCUCUUCUCCUCCGAAUCGGUGACAGAAGGACAUCCAGAUAAAUUAUGUGAUCAAGUUUCUGAUGCAGUUUUAGAUGCUUGUUUGGCUGUUGAUCCGAUGAGUAAAGUUGCCUGUGAAUCAUGUUGUAAAACUGGAAUGGUUUUGGUGUUUGGAGAGAUUACAUCAAAGGCCAAUAUUGAUUUUCAAAAAAUUGUGAGAGAGACAGUUAAAGAAAUUGGAUUUGAUGAUAGUAGUAAAGGAUUUGAUUACAAGACAUGUAAUGUUUUGGUUGCUGUUGAACAACAAUCACCAGAUAUUUCACAAUGUGUUGUAAAGGAUGGAUUGGAUGAGAAUUUGGGAGCUGGUGAUCAGGGAAUGAUGUUUGGAUAUGCAUGUAAUGAAACAAGUGAAUUGAUGCCACUAUCUCAUUUACUUGCAAGUCAAUUGGCUUUAAAAUUGACUCAGGUUAGAAAAUCUGGAGAAUUGAAAUGGUUGAGACCUGACGGAAAGACUCAAGUAACUGUAGAAUAUGAAAAACAUUCGAAUGGAGAAAUGAUUCCUAAACGAGUUCACACCAUUGUCCUCUCCACUCAACACGACGAAAGUGUCACCAAUGACCAAAUCAAAACUGACAUUAAGAAACAUGUCAUUCAAAAGGUUAUUCCAGAAAAAUACCUCGACUCUGAAACAAUUUAUCACAUCAACCCAUCUGGAAGAUUUGUCAUUGGAGGUCCACAAGGAGAUGCUGGAUUGACUGGAAGAAAAAUCAUUGUCGACACGUAUGGAGGUUGGGGAGCACAUGGUGGUGGAGCAUUCUCUGGAAAGGAUCCUACUAAGGUUGAUAGAUCUGCCUCCUAUUACUCCAGAUAUGUGGCAAAGAAUAUAGUAGCUGCUGGAUUGGCAAAGAGAUGUUUAAUUCAAGUUUCGUAUGCGAUUGGAAUUUGUGAGCCAUUGUCGGUUCAUGUCGAAACUUUUGGAACUGCUCAAAAUGGAUUGGAUGAUUGGAAGAUUUUGGAUAUUGUCAAGAAGAAUUUCAAUUUCACACCUUACAAUAUGAUUAAGGAACUCAAUUUGAGAAGACCAAUCUAUUCCAAAACUUCAGCCUAUGGUCACUUUGGAAGAUCUGAAUUUCCUUGGGAACAAAUCAAACCUCUUAAACUUGAUUAA